GAGUGCUCUGCAGGUCCGUUAGACACACGGGUCUUCACACAGGGCAGUUGGGAUAAGUGAGGCCUAAGCUGAGCCAGCACAUUUGCUGUCUUUUCAUUAAGCGCAAAUCUCAUCUCUGGUCACAAACAUCAAUCAAACAAGUCAUCUACCUGUUACCCCAUUCCAGAGGCCAUCAGGGACUCAUGUUUUCAAGAUAGUUCCACUGAAGGAGGUUAUGGGAGAGAAGGAGCCAUGUCAGAAGAAGCUGUUACUGAGGCACGGUUUUCUCUGAAGACGGUAGCUUUUCGGGCAUUUCAUCUUCCCCUUUCCUGGUAUUAUUCUUUUAUGCAGAUUAAACUUUCCCCUGGGUUAAAGAAGUUGUUCACAGUCACAGCAGUGAGUGCAAUAUCUGUUAUUUUUCUGGCACACCAUUUUAAAAGAAGACGUGGAAGAAAAAACAAACAAGUAUCAGAAUGGGAACCAGGCCAUCUACUAUUAGAAUGUACCAAAGCAGCUGCAUCAGAAAAAGGUUCAAGUUGUUCCAGUAGCCGACAAAAUUUGACUCUUUCUCUGAGCUCUGCCAAGGAAAAAGGAUCACAGUCUUGUAUCUAUGCAAAUGGAGGACUUUUCAGUAAAUACUCUGGCUCAGUUCAGAGUCUGGUCUCGGUUCAGAGUGCCACCUCUUGUCACAGUUGUGCUUGUGCCAAUUCUAACUCCUGGGAUAAAGCAGACGAAGAUGAUAUUAAACUUGUCAAUAUUCCAGUGACCACACCUGAAAAUUUGUAUUUGAUGGGUAUGGAGCUUUUUGAAGAAGCACUACGUCGAUGGGAGCAGGCACUAACUUUCCGUAACAGACAAGUUGAAGAUGAAGCAAGUUGUAGUUCCAUCAAGCUGGGAGCAGGAGAUGCAAUUGCAGAAGAAAGUGUAGAAGAUAUCAUCAGUGCUGAAUUCAUUCAUAAGCUUGAAUCCCUGCUUCAGCGAGCUUAUCGUCUUCAGGAGGAGUUUGAGGCCACCCUUGGGACCUCAGAUCCUGCUUCUCUAGCUAAUGAUAUUGAUAAAAAUACAGAUAUUACUGUAAAGGAUAAUAUGGAUGAUUUUGCCCUUCGAGAUACACUAAGCAUCGCAUCAACAGACUCCUUUGUUUCCACAGCUGAGCUCACAGAGCACAGAGAAAUUCGUAAUACAUAUGGUCUAGAUUCCCUUUGCCAUUGUCCGUUGUAUGAAGAAGCUAUGCACUUAGCAGAAGAAGGCAAAAUUUAUUCAAGAGUCUUAAGGACUGAAAUGUUUGAAUGUCUAGGAGACAGUGACUUUCUUGCUAAGCUUCAUUGCAUUCGACAAGCUUUUCAGAUAAUUCUUUCAGAAACAGCAAACAGAAUAUUUCUUGCUGAAAGUGGAAGAAAAAUUUUGUCUGCUUUAAUUGUGAGAGCACGAAAGAAUCCAAAGAAAUUUGAAGAUGUCUUUGAUGAAAUGAUUUAUUUUUUGGAACAAACAGAUCACUGGGAUAAUACGGAAAUGGAACUUGCUGCUAGAGGAGUGAAGAACUUGAAUUUUUAUGAUGUUGUUCUGGACUUCAUAUUGAUGGAUUCAUUUGAAGAUUUAGAAAAUCCACCAAUAUCUAUACAGAAUGUAGUAAACAACCGUUGGCUAAAUUCCUCUUUUAAAGAAACAGCUGUGGCUUCAAGCUGUUGGUCAGUACUGAAACAGAAAAGACAGCAAAUGAAGGUACCCGAUGGAUUUUUUGCACAUUUCUAUGCUAUAUGUGAGCAUAUUAGCCCUGUUUUGGCAUGGGGUUUUUUAGGCCCCAGGAACUCUCUUUAUGACCUAUGCUGCUUCUUCAAGGAUCAAGUGCUUUUCUUCCUCAAAGACAUUUUUGAUUUUGAAAAGGUGCGAUACUCAACUAUGGAGAGUUUGGCAGAAGACCUUAUGCAAUUAUUAAUCCGACGCACUGAACUUUUAAUGGCCUAUCUUGGAGCAGAUUCACUAAGACAUGUCAGUGCUUGUGUAAGCAGCGGUCAUGGGCAUGUCAUGACCAGUGGGCUCGUAGAAGCAAAAGUACAGUAAGCUUAAAAUACAUGACAAAUGAGAUGGAGUGCACUUCGACAUAAUCCUUCCCACCUUUCUUUCUAACCCCAAAGCUGUCAUUGCUGUUACUGAGCAAACAUCUGAAAAAGUACCAUGUUGCUAAGUAAGGAAAAGGACUCAGGGAGGUUAAGCAUGUGAAAAGAACUGGUGAGCAUAUUAUUGUAUAUACCUAAAUUAAAUUUGCAGCUCAGCCAUCACUGUAUUUAUAUUUAAUGUAUCCCAAAGCUUUUUUCUGUAAUAUUUGGGUAAAAUUUAUUUAUGAAAUGCUGUACUGUUGCCACAGAUAAUUUGUAAGUGAAGCUGAUGGAGUAGUUUCCUUUAAAGGCUUAUAGUGCAAAAUGUUCACUACAGAGUCUCAAAGUUGUUAUGUGUCUAGAUCUAGAAGGUGUUUCAACAGGGUUAUAUGCAGUCUCUGAUUCAUGUGACACGUGCAAUAAAGUAAUCACACUCACAAAAUUGAACUUGUUGCCACUGCCCUGAAAUUACAUUUGUGUGGGUGUAAGCAGUCAUUUUGUACUACUGUGUAAUAAAGAGUGGUGCAGGAAAUGCAGGCACCAUUUGGGCAGUAAUGACUUCCAGAAUGCAUUUUUUAUUUUAUUUUGUUUUAAAAUGUGUAAUAAUCAUGAAGGUGUUUGUUUGAGAGCACUUACUUAUAUCCAAAAAGCUAUGCUAGUUUCACUGAUUAAUUUAAAACUUUUCCUUUUUCUAAAACUUUGAAGACUUUGUAUGGUGGUGAUGAGGAUAAUUCAUAGUUCAUAUGUAGCAUUUCAAAAUAUAUUUUUAAAUCAGGAUGUAUGCUGAGAUUUGUUAAUCGUGAAACAGAAUCAAAGACAGCGUUUUUAUAACUAAAAGCAUUUCAGUCUUCCUCCCUUGCUUGUAGGAGGUCAGUUGUUUACUUAAAGAAAAUUUUGGCAAUUGUGGCCAUCUAUGUGCACGUGCAAAAAUGGUGGCUCAGGAUAUGGAACCCUUAAUUUUCAACAGAAACACAGCAAUGUGGCAUUAGGGAACUUGCAGCAACAUUUUUACUGUGCUAAAGAUAAUAAACAAUAAUGAUCUCUAAUCUUGAAUUGCUGUGAACCGAAACAAUGUUUCAUAGUCAGCUUAGACCUUUAAACUAUGUUUAUGUACACUUUGCCAUACACAAAGCCAGCCCACAAGAAUCUAGCCUAUGUUAAGUAAUACAGACUAAUUCUAAAUAUUCAGAUACUUCAGGAACUUGUUGUUAUAUUCUGGCAUAUUGAAACAAACUUUGAUUAGAAACAUUUCAACUUUUGUUGCAAACACAACCCAAACUGAUGAAACUUGAAGAGGAGGGUUUGUGUUAAUUCCAUAGGUUUUACUGAAGCCAACGUUUUGCUCCUUGGUCAUACUCAUUAGAUAAACGUAAAAACUAUGGAAAUGUCAUAUGACUUGUGUGAAAUACCAACUGGUUAUAGUUCAUAAAAAAAAAAAAAAAAAAAAAAAAAAAGUAUACUUCCCUGUGUAAUAAAACAGAAAUUCCAAAUGCUCUUGCUGCUGCUUCUCUAUUUCAGCCAUUCAAGUUGCUAAACUUGGCACUUUGCUAUAUUUUUGUGUCACUGGAGUAUGUCUUCAGUACCAAAAUGUGAAGGUUUUUUCACCCCUCUCAUUUAGAUUAAACGCAGUUAUCUCCCCUCAUCUAAAAAAUAUCUGCAUUUUGGCAGCUUUUUGCAAGUCUGUGAAUGAAAUUAUAUUAUGAAUAAAAUAUAUAAUAUUAUAUUGAACAAUAAGGUGUCAAACUGGGUUCAGAAUAAAUAGGAAUAGCUGGAAGUAGAAGUAACAGAGUAAAUAGCAUAUUCCAUGGCAAAUAUACUACCUGGGGAUGUGUCACAGGAAGCUCUUUGCUGUGGUUUGGUCUAAUAAAAUGACAUUAAGAAAAUGAUACCUUAACAUUCAUCACAGAAAAGCAGAAACACACAUUCUUAAAGAGGUAAAUGUCUAUUUAAGUGAGUGAUUUUCAGAUUUGUAAAAAAUUCUUGAACAAAGUACAGCCCAAACAUUAUUCAACAGUGUUGAUGUGAGAUUGUUUCCAAAUAAUUUAAUAGCUUGGUCUUCUGUCAAAAAUGAAAGCUGCCUUUUUUUUUUCUUUUAACAAAAGAAUGAGAAGGGUCUAAUGAAACACCAAAAUAUGUAGAAAAUGGAUAAGUACCUGAUAUUAUCUGUUUAAACAAAUGAAAGUGUUCAUGACUUGAAGGGAUACAAGACAUCACAGAGCUCUCAGAAGAUCAUAGAAACAGGUCAGAAAUCAGACUGAUUUUUUCCAUCCAAAAUAAGAGUUACAGUAUCUGGGUGCAGAGAGAUAUCAACAACAAAUAUUUCAUUCAGACUUUGGCUUUUAUUUGUAUGAACUUCCAAAAAAAAAAAAGGAAUGAAGGAAGAAAAAAAUAGGGAGGGAGGGGGGAAAAGAGAGAAGAGAGAAAUGUGCAGGUAUCUCUGAGUCCUUUCAGGCUUUUUGCCAAAAAGUACUUGCAUAUUCUGUCCUUCCUAACUGCAAAGACAGUUAUAAAUUUCAGUGGGAGAUAGCUGUCUCCUUGCUGAGGUUUAUACGCCUUAGCCUGAAGGUGUAUAAAGGAUAUCUGUUGAUAAACUGCCAUCUAGCUUAAGAGUUUCAAGUCUACCAUCUUUGAAGAAUAAAUGCCAGAGCUACACCAAGGCAAUGAUAAUAUUUGUGUGGUUCUACUUUAGUGAAUUCAUAAUCACAAUGAGAAUUUGGUUUAUAAUCUCUAACUUUUUUGAUAGUUUUGAAUGCCACUUUCCACUAAUAAGAUCAAGCUAAAUUUAAAAGCCAUCUUCUAUAGCUGUACUCCUAAGAUCAGAAAAGUUGAAUGUGUAAAGAUUAUACAUGUAUCAAAUAUUUAUAUUAUUUGUAAUUUAGUUGUAAUAUUCUCACUCUUUAUGUGUUCUUAAUGGUUAUUAUACUCCACUUUUGUACUCUUUGGUUUCUGACAAACUAAAUGUGUCAAAUCAUGUGCUGGGGUAAGCAUAUCUGUGAACUUUCUAUUGCCUAAAUGAACUGCAGUUGUGUAUAUUAAAUAAAAUAAUGCAGUGAAAU